UUUGACAUAAUAAUAAACAAAACUUGUGAGCUAAGUGGAGUUACGAUAAUAAUUUACAUUUUAAAAAUGAGUGGCGACGACAAGAAGAAUAUCAUUUCCGAGUUUAAGUUGGAUCCGGAGGCCGAAUUGCGAUUCGAGAUCGAAACGAAGAAUGAAAAAGUUUUAUUAACCUUAAAAUCAGGUUCAGCUGAAGUUUUUGGUACUGAAUUGGUAAAGGGAAAGACUUACGAGUUCACGUCCGGUGCGAAAAUAGCCGUGUUCACUUGGCAAGGUUGUAUAGUUGAGUUGAAGGGAAAAACUGAUGUGAGUUAUGUGGCAAAAGAGACGCCGAUGGUGUUGUACAUGAACUGCCAUGCAGGUUUGGAUCAGAUGAGACUGAAUGCGGAGAAGAACAACACCAAAGGACCAAUGUGUAUGGUUGUUGGUCCUAAUGAUGUGGGCAAAUCAACAGUGUGCAGAAUCUUAUUGAACUAUGCAGUGAGGAUGGGUAGAAGACCACUUUAUGUGGAUGUUGAUUUGGGACAGGGACAGAUCUCUGUUCCUGGAACAAUUGGGAGCAUUUUAGUAGAGAGACCAGCGCUAAUUGAUGAGGGUUUCCCACAGGAAGCGCCUUUGGUUUAUCAUGAUGGACAUAAAUCACCAGGAGAUAACCCUGCUCUUUAUAAGAAAUUACUAACACAAUUAGGAAGUACAAUCAAAGAUAGAUUAGAAAUUAAUAAGAAAACAAAAAUGUCUGGGUGCAUUAUAAACACCUGUGGAUGGAUCAAAGGGGUUGGAUACAAAUUUAUUUUACACACGAUGGAAGCGUUCAAUGUGAACGUGAUUUUGGUGUUGGAUCAGGAGAGGCUAUAUAAUGAACUAGUCAGAGAUUCACCGAGGUUCGUCAAAGUUGUGUUUCUUCCUAAAAGUGGUGGAGUUGUAGAGAGGUCUAAAGGAGCUCGGGGUGAAUACAGGGACCAAAGAAUUCGCGAGUACUUUUAUGGAACACCGAAGAACGCGCUAUAUCCACAUUCAUUCGAAGUGAAGUUUUCGGACGUGAAAAUAUUCAAAAUCGGAGCUCCAGCAUUACCAGAUUCCUGUUUACCAUUGGGUAUGAAAGCACGCGAUCACCUUACCAAGCUCGUGCUGAUAACACCAAAUCCAGGACUUCUUCACCAUCUGCUCUCAGUCAGCUUUUCUGAGAAAGAUGACGAUGAUAUGAUCUUAUCGCAUUGUGCAGGAUUCAUAUGUGUAACAAACGUAGACGUCGAGAGACAACAACUGACAGUAUUAUCGCCGCAACCAAAACCCCUGCCCAACAAUUUAUUACUGCUAUCUGAAUUGCAGUUUAUGGACAGCCACUGAAUACUUCAGAUGAGUAUAUUAUU